UUAACCACCUCCCGUCCGGCCGUUGUAUGUAAACGGCCGGAUGGUGGCAGUGCAGGGUCAGGUGGCCGUUUAUAAACCGCCUCCCCGCACCCUGCUCCCCCCUGCACCCUGUUUGUGCGCGCUCCCUGGGAGCGUGCAGCACCGCGAUCCGGUGGCCACUGUGUCCUCCGCAGUACAGUUUCACCAUGGUGACGCUAUACUACUUGUGGGGGGUGAAGAUUUUUUUUCAUUACACUGAUUGCUUUUACACCCAUAUAGGAUGUAAAAGCAAUCAUUUCUCAUUCUUGCAGUCAUCAUUGAAAAGUACUGAGUGAGCUGUGAUUGGUCACAGCUUGUCACAUGGUACAAGGCUGUUGUGAAUAGCCUUGCACCAUGUGACCUCUGAUCAUUCAGAUUUCACACGUAGUA